UUAUCGGAAUCAAUCGUAGGAGCACUUUUUAUUCGAUAUUAUAAAAAUUCAGGUGGUAGUAGGGAAAUUAAUCGUCCUGAUAGCUUUCAAUUUAAAAAAACAUAGAUUUAUCAAUGCAUGUUUGGGUCCAUAAUGUAGACCUUGUUCAAGAUAAUAAUUAGUAAUUUAAUUGGACUAAAAUAAAAUUUACAAGAUUGUUGCUUUCCCUAUAGUAAACAUCCCCUCCUCCUAUAUUCAAAUUGUUUUCGAUGCCUGAAGCAUUCCAACAUCUAAACACACAUCAAAUCCAAUUACUACCACAUUGCAAUUUGCUGGAGUGUAGACUCUUGCCGCUGACUGUAUAUCAGAAAUCGAUGUCGACCACCUUACAAACAAGUUCCACGGUCGAUGGGUAAAAAUUGUUCUGUUAGAAAUGCGUCAGAGAAUACGUCCAAACUGGCCGCGAGGUGUUCGUUCGCGCAAUAUAAAUACCAUUCAGUAGUUUCGUGUUUCCAGAUAGGAUUCACCAUGGAGACGUAGACGACGCUUUUCGACGCGUGCAAUGGACUUGCACGUAGACGCGCGUUUCGGACUAUGGGCGCCGUCGCAGAGACGACACGACGCCCAGCGUCGUGCCAGUACGCCGUGCGACGUCGUUCGUACGGCCGAGCCACGUGCUUCCGGUUCCGUGCUUCCGUUCUCCGAGUCGUCGCGUGUGUGAUGCGUCUUUCAGUGAGUUGUUCGACUUCCUUACGUGUCACGUGAAUGUCCAAGGCGUGCAAGCAGACGGCUAAAAGGAAGUUGCGUAUUCGGUACGUGAUGCCGGCGGCGCAUCUGACGCUGCGCGAGGAGGAUGUGGUACGACUAACCUUGGAGUUCCUCCACAGCCGCGACCUUCACAUCUCGCAGCUCUCGUUGGAACGGGAGACAGGUGUAAUAAACGGUCAGUACAGCGACGAUGUCCUCUUCCUUCGUCAGCUGAUCCUCGACGGACAAUGGGACGACGUGCUGGAGUUCAUCCAGCCGUUGGAGGCGCUGCCCGAUUUCGAUAUGAGAAAGUUCACUUACUCGAUCCUACGCCACAAGUACGUGGAACUGCUCUGCAUCAAGUCCGAGGCGAACGUGAUCGCAGCUGGGACGAACGGUAGCGUGGACAACGCAGUCGAAGAGGUGGUGAAGGUUCUUAGCGAUCUGGAGAAGGUCGCGCCUUCCAAGGAGGAGUACAGCAGCCUGUGUCUACUCUUGACGCUUCCAAGGCUCACGGACCACCUCCAGUACAAGGACUGGAACCCCAGCAACGCCAGGGUUCAGUGCUUCCGGGAGGUGCACCCUUUAGUGGAGAAGUUUCUCCCUGGGGACAGAAAGAGCUCCGAUCCCGGUCAUCCCGUCACCUCCGCGAAGAACGAUCGGCUGAUACAGCUGAUCAUCAAGGGCAUCUUGUACGAGUCAUGCGUUAAUUACUGCCAGGCCAAAGCUACCGGUUCCAAGGAGAGCGAGCAGGUGGAGAUGAAUUUCUCCAGACUGCUGGACGGCUCCGUGGGGUUCAGCGACUCCGACCUGAGCUUGCUCUCCUGGCUUCAGAGCAUACCACCCGAAACCUUCGCCGUUCCCUUCGCGCAGCGUACCUUGAACGUGGACGUCGAGCGACUGGAGAGACCGUCCCUGGAGACCUCCUGGACGGAGCACAUGUUGAUCACUCCCAUAAAGCCGAAGACGUUCCCUCACAGCGCGAUGCCGUUCACCAGGCCGCGAUCCGCGGCCGACAUGAUGUCGCGUAGCCUAGUGCCAGCCUUGGAAGCCGGCCUAGGACCCAGGAGUCCUGGACCUAAAAAUACACCUAUACCGUCAGCCGCGCUAAUGGCGUUGUCCACGGGCGAUAUAAAUCCCAUGUCGAGAUCGUCUUUCGCGAGCUUUCAUCUGACCGGAUUCAAGAACAACAAGCUGAUGAACACCAGCGUGGACAGGCUGUUCGAGAACGAGGGCGACGUCUUCCUCAGCUCGAGCUACGCUGAGUUCCAGCAGUUGCCUUCCAUCCAAGAGACCAUCGCGAACAACAACCAGCCAAAGGCGCCGCCUAGGACCAGGGGGCAGUCAAAGAGCCCAGAUGGUACUAAGGGAGACCCUUCCGCGACCUCUACGCCUGAACGUAGAGUGGCUGGCAGGGAAUCCCCGGCACCAUCGACGGCCAGGAGUUCUAGAAGGGAUUCCUUGGCCGAGAAGCCGACGGGGGUCGCGGCAAAGAUUACGGAACCCACGGCUGUACCUGCUCGAACCUCUCUGGGCGGCGAGCCGCUCGAGCAGAGUUACAACGGCGAUCUGUUCAAAGAGUACCAGAAGCAGAAGCAGAGGCUGCAGGAGAAGUUCCAGCAGAGGGAAAGGGAAUGGGACGACCUGGUCAGACAAUUAUCGACCCCGUUACCCGCGCAGGUGGUCGAUAAUAGACUCCAAGGUGACGGCAUGAAGCAACCUUUGGGAAGUAAAGGACCCUCGCCUGUUCACAUGGGCACACCUGUUCGGUCUGGGAUCCAGUCACCGAAACCUACUGUCAAUGGAUCCGAUUCAAUGGUGAGACAGAACUCGACGUUGGGCACUGCCUACGAUUCUAGAACGCAAGAGAGUCAUUACGAUGUCGUCAAGCCGAUGAAGCAAGAACCAAAGCCUGAUCUGGACGUCAGCAACGGGAGCAGUAAUGGCGGGAGACCAAGAUUCGUUCCUGUCACGGCUCUCGAGGACGUGCAGGCGGUUCGAUGCGCCGAAUUCCACCCCCAUGGAAAACUCUACGCCGUGGGAUCGAAUUCUAAAACCCUCCGAAUAUGCGCCUAUCCAAAGCUUCACGAUGUCAGAGAGGAUCACCAGACGUAUCAGCCCACGGUUCUCUUCAAGAGAACGAAACACCACAAGGGCUCGAUAUAUUGCCUGGCGUGGACGCCUGAUGGACAGAUGAUGGCCACCGGGAGCAACGACAAGACUGUCAAACUGAUGCGCUUCAAAGCUGACACGUCGAACCUUGAAGGUCAAGAAGUGGAGCUGACGAUGCACGACGGCACGGUUCGCGACCUGUGCUUCCUCGAAGACACCUCGAACAAGUCGAGCCUGUUGAUUAGCGGCGGCGCAGGUGACUGCAAGAUUUACGUCACCGAUUGCGCGACAGGCACACCCUUCCAGGCUCUGAGCGGUCAUAGUGGCCACGUGCUCACCCUGUACAAUUGGGGAGGCGCCAUGUUCGUCAGCGGAUCGCAGGACAAAACCGUCAGGUUCUGGGACCUCAGAACGAGGGGGUGCGUCAACAUGGUCACACCAGCGACGGUACCUGGCAGCAGGCAUUUGAUCCCGUUGCAGGUUGGCAGCCCGGUAGCGGCGCUCUGCGUCGAUCCAUCUGGACGUCUUCUGGUCUCGGGUCACGAGGACAGUAGCUGCGUCCUCUUCGACAUCCGGGGCGGUAGAACCGUGCAGUGUUUCAAACCCCACGCCGCCGACAUCAGGAGCAUACGUUUCUCACCUUCCGCGUACUACCUGCUCACUGGUGGAUACGAUAACAAGCUAGUACUCACGGACCUGCAAGGUGAUCUAACGAUGCCCUUGCCUAGCGUGGUGGUCGCACAACACCAGGACAAAGUGAUCUCCGGACGAUGGCAUCCAACGGAGUUCUCGUUUCUCAGUACCUCAGCUGACAAGACUGCGACUCUAUGGGCUCUGCCACCAGUCUAAGUUGACGCUGUCCGUCAUUCGCGCUCAUCGUUUCCAUUUUUAAGACGAUCGCGCCUAACCAAUCGCCAUCGUUCGUUCUUGUUCUGUGUCCCUCGUUUUAUCCGCAUGAGAAGAGAAUGAAAGAUAAUUAAUUAUGUAUUAAAACGACGUUGUCACUGAUUUAUAACCGAUCUAGAGAGAGAUUAAAAUUGGAGGAGAGUUGUUCCCAACAGAGAUGAACAAAAUUAGAGUGUCGCUUCUUUAUUAUACUUACUUUAAUAUAUUCUCCAAUCGUUUUAUUCGUCAAUUUUGUCCUGGAAGACCUUCUCCAGGAAGUCUAACGACACCCCUCCUCCAACGUACUUCAGGGCCGUUGAAAUCGGUGCUAGCGUUGCUGUACUAUGCAAUUACUGAAAAGGAGAGAAACACGAGAUUAAAUUUAGCCGUGAAUCGCGAGCUGCACGCGAAACAAUUUUUAUCGGAGCGAAAUUAGAAAUCGUUGCCGGAAACACGGCGGACGAGCGUCAAAGACGAGGACGAGCGAUCGCGAGCGAUGUCGACGUAACACACAAACGGGAAGAAAGUUUCAUCUAUUCGCGUAUAAUUCAACCAUGACCAAUUAAAACUUCCUGAAACCUCGCGGCUACGCGCGAACGUGGCGUAGAGUGUAAUCGGAUGCAAAAUGCUUGACGUUGCGCCCGAUAACGAUUCUACGCAAAAGGAGAGAGAGAUACAUAUAGACGUAUAUAUAGACGUUUCAUUCUGGCAAGAAACAUCGACUAAAUGUAACACGUCGAUUUUUAUGAAAUAUUGUGCACAGAGCAUCGAAAAACAUUAGGCAACACAAUUUUUAUAUGUAUAGGUUGACAGUAAGGAUAUAUCUAUAAGACAUAUGGAACGAGUGCAGGAGACUCUUCAUUGCGUGAAUUUUAUUUUAUCUUUUAAAAGAGUGUGUUUCUGAAGAGAAGUAGGACGAAAAUCUAUGUUUUUUUUUUCAACGAAGUCAAAGUAUGACUUCACGAAAGAAUAAACCUCGAUAGAUUUAACAAUGCCUGUAAUAUAAAUAGUGAACAUAAAGUAAUGUAUAAUGUUUUUCAAUGCUCUAUCUGCCCGAAAAAUUUCACAAAAAUCAUAUGACAGUUGGAUGUUGCUUCUUGUGAAUAAACGUUACAAGGUUCGAGAGCAUCGGAAGAAAAAAAGUGAAAGUGCAUUUUCGCGUAGAGACGCUAUCGAUGGUAAUGGAAAUCGACAGAUCGUCGUAGUAAUCAUAAGACUGCGGAAGAGCUAACCGAAUAUCAUCGUUCAUGAUGAACGAGACGUCGAAAGCAUCGAAGACGCAGAGAGCUCGACCGUUUGAAUCGUGAGCGAAAGUCGUGGCGUUCAAACCAGCCAAUGAGUUUAGAGACACAAUUUUCUUGUAGAUUCGUGGUGUAGCCUCUCCUUUCUUUUUUUUUUCUUUUAUGUAGAGUUUCUUUGCGAUCGUGUUUGCCCUGAUGUACAUACGUUAGCGUAGCGGUAAGAGCGAUGAUCGUGGGAGACGGAAAUCCUCCUCUCGGUACGCGUAAUCGCCCCGCUAAUUUCUCGUCACUCUUCGUUGCAAAUAUCUCUAGGCUUACGUUCAACGACAUUUGUAAAAUCUUCCUGCGAUACGUGGAUCAAUCGAGCAGCCUGCUUGUAACUUUUCUUUUAUAUUUUUUACUGACUCGAGUGUGUCAAGCUGGUGCACGCGAAAUGCCGAAUUCCAUGCGAUUUUGCACAUUCACACCCCUUGAAACCGGUUUAUUUUUAGAUUGGAGAAAAUUAGAUACAUUGGGCCCUCCAGUUGUAUUCGAACUGUAUUCUAGAGGUGAACAUUUUAAUAGCCUCGUUCUAGAUUAAAUUUUAGUAUCCCAAAAUCUAUUCGCACGCUGGGAAGUAAUUUUUAAAAUCAAGUCGCAGCGUUUGUCCUGUCCUUGGCUAUAAAAAAAAAAAUACUGCCACUGUACAUUUCCACUUCGCAUCGACGUUUCAUCUGCGCCAUCUUGAUAUCGGUCUUCCAUUUUCUUUUUAUUUAAACUUACUCAUCGAGCAACGUGUUUUCUCCCACUAAUACUCGACACUGUCUCAUCGAUCCCAGAAGUCACGCCAAAUAUUCGCAUAUUACGCAUAUUAUUAAUAUAUAUAGAUACUUACUCGUAUUAAGAGGAUCAUGACAACAUAUACGUACGCUCAUAUUAAUCGCUAUUUUUUACCGACUAGAUCGAUAAGGUACGAAACGAGAUUUUCCCCGAGCGUCGAAGGGCUGAGCGAGCGAUAUUCUUAGCUGGAUAAGCAUCGAACCUUGAGGAAGCGUAGGUUUAAGUUGUUGCUUGUCGCAAUCGCCAAAGUAACCGUGAAACCGGAAGAGAGGGAAACGAAGCGCGUCUUUUCUUGUACAUACACACGCUUCACGAGGUACACGCCCCUCGUUGUUGGCGAUGAUGGACCGUGUCUCUCCUCGUUUUGUUUCUAUUACGAAGUCAACGCGGACAAGCCUCGUUUGUCCCAAGAGAUGGGCAAGGUUUCAUUCGAGUGAUAAAGGAUUGAUUCUAUCAAACAACAGUACCGAUAACUUUCGUUCAUCCGAUGUAAGAUACAAUUUCAUUCUUCGAUUAAAAUUUUAACAUUCAUUCGACGCUUAAGGUUCCGAAUGAGAAUUUUGUCCAUCUCAGUCGCACACCUGAAAACCACACGCAUACACGCACUCAACGCAAAAUGGAGGAUGGAAAUCGGGGAGAAAGACGCGAAGCAGCGCAUGCGAAGACGCAGCGAAUCAAAAACCCCCCAGAAUCUCUCCUCGCUGCGUUCCUCGACGACAUUGAGUUAUUAUUAAUUAACUACGAACGACGAUCGCGUUUACACUGUGAGCAUGCUGCUUUCUCGAUGAAGGAACGAAAUUACUCUUGCUCGCGCAACUAGCGGAGAUAAUUUCCUUUCUUUGCGCGAUCAGAAGGCUGCCUUACGAUGUUUCGUUUCACCUGACUCGCAGAAUGUGUUUUAGAGUAAACGAUUAAUCGAGAAAGAAACGAAUGAAGAAGAACGAAGAAACCGAGCGUCUAACAAGAAGAGCAAGAAGAAGAGCGUCUGCUUCCGUGUAGCAAUUUGUCGUGCCUUUUGUCGAGGCUGCUUCCGUCGAUUUCACGUUUAUUUUUAUAUUUUUCACGUCCUCCACUUUAACCCUGUUUCCACGUCCCCUCUCCUUCCUGUACACUCCUGACAAACCCAAACCCAUCCCCUCUAUCGAGGAUAUCAUCCCCCGUCGAAACUCAUAAAACGCUAAAAUAAAAUCUCUUCGCUGUCUCGUGCGAUUAUUAUCGUAUUAUAAUAUAUAUGAUAUACAUAUAGCAUAACUUAUAACUUUGUACUUUUCCUGUAGAUACGACAUAAUACUGUCACGUCUAAUUUAAACAAUAAAAUUUACGUUAUUAAA